ACCUUAAAAGCGCGCUCUGUGUUGUGUUCCCCCGAGCCGGUGUCUGCCGUGCUCCCCGCCUGCUUCGCGCUUUGUUUUCUGUGAUGGAACGUAAUACCUCGUACUCCAGUGCCACGAACCCCAUGAACCCACGUUAAAUUCCUCGUGUCCUUGUCUAAGGCCGUCGCUAUCGUUUCGAAGGACGGAAGGAGCGUUCUUUGACCACUCUAGCGCAUCGCUUCGGCAUGAAUAGCGGCGAGCUCUCCGUUCGGCAGUCGCUCAAGGAGCGCUCGCAGAAGAGGCGGGCGCUGCUCGCCCAGCAACUCGGCGCCGGAACCGCCAGCAACCUGAGUCAGAUCCUGGGAAAUGAGCGACCGCCGUGUGCGCAGGACGAAGCUUCCAAGGUGGGCCCAGACGCCAACGAGGGCGGCGACGACCCUUCGGCGGAGUGCAAGCUGCCGCGGCUGGAGCCCGACGCGGCGCGGUCGCCGCUGCGCUCUCCGGAUGGUGCCCAGAGCGGCGAAGAGGUGUACACAUACCGGGACUCGAGCACCUUCCUGAAGGGCACGCAGAGCGCCAACCCGCACAACGACUACUGCCAGCACUUCGUGGACACCGGGCAGCGGCCGCAGAACUUCAUCCGCGACGUGGGCUUGGCCGACCGCUUCGAAGAGUACCCCAAGCUCAAGGAGCUCAUCCGGCUCAAGGACGAGCUGAUCCGGGAGACGGCGGCGCCGCCCAUGUACCUCAAGUGCGACCUGGAGACGUUCGACUUCCGCACCGUCAAGAGCAAGUUCGACGUGAUCCUGGUCGAGCCGCCGCUGGAGGAGUACCAGCGCACGUGCGGCCUGGCCCACACCAAGUUCUGGAGCUGGGAGGAGAUCAUGCGGCUGGAGAUCGAGGAGGUGGCCGCGUCGCGCUCCUUCCUCUUCCUCUGGUGCGGCUCGUCGGACGGCUUGGACCUGGGCCGCCAGUGCCUGCGCAAGUGGGGCUUCCGCCGCUGCGAGGACAUCUGCUGGAUCAAGACCAACGCCAAGAACCCCGUGCACCUCAAGAACCUCGAGCCGCGCGCCGUGUUCCAGCGCACCAAGGAGCACUGCCUGAUGGGCAUCAAGGGCACCGUGCGCCGCAGCACCGACGGGGACUUUAUCCACGCCAACGUGGACAUCGACCUCAUCAUCUCCGAGGAGCCGCAGUUUGGUGGCACCGAGAAGCCCGAGGAGAUCAUGCACAUCGUUGAGCACUUCUGCCUCGGCCGCAGACGUCUGCACGUGUUCGGCCGCGACGUGUCCAUCCGGCCGGGCUGGCUCACCAUCGGGCCCGAGCUGACCAACAGCAACUUCUGCAGCGACGCCUACAACGCCCACUUCAACAAGGGCACCAACGAUUACCUGACCGGCUGCACCGAGCGCAUCGAGGCCCUGCGCCCAAAGUCCCCGCCGCCCAAGGGGGGCAAGAGCGCCACCCCGGGAGGUGCCAGGGGGGCCAACCGCAGGGGCCGGGGCGCCGCCAGGGGCCGCUGAGUGGACCCGCCCAUUGCAAGGGGGGGUGCUUUCCCCCACAACACCUCGAGGACCCACCCGAUCUGACAGAGACGCUGCUCUGAACUGUGGCAGUACUUGACUCGUCCUUGUUGGGUUGGAAUAGAUUUUAUUCCUUUU